CAGUCUGGCUCUAACAUUUUCUAUUUGCACAUUGAGAGAUUCUCACUUUUUUUUUUACUACUAACUUGCUUCCCCCUGUUGCAUAUUAUUCCUCAACCCAAAAAUUCAUGGAGCAUUUCCCUGCACCCUCCCCUGUCACCCUGUGACACACCCAGCACUCACUCUGGAAAGCUGAGCCCAGGACACAGCUCCUCUAAACAGGCAGCGGUCAGGCUGGGUGCCCCUGACUCUGCAACAUGGGACCCAAGGCUUCCUCUGGAUUCUACCUGAGCAGGAUGUCAGCUGCGCUGCUGGCACUACUCCUGGCUGCCCUGCUGCUGGCACUCAUAGUGCUGGGUGCCCUGUAUGCCAGGACUACAGCAGCGGAACACGGAGACGGGUACUCUGCCAUCAGCACUUCCACACUUAACGCCACCACUUCCCCAUCCCUGUGCACCUUGCCUCCGGGGGGCACUGGGCGCCCUGGCAUCUGGGACAACUCGCGGCUACCCCUGAGCCUGGUGCCCCUGCACUAUGAGCUAGAGCUGUGGCCGCGGAUGGAGCCGGAUGAUGAGGGCUACUACCACCUAUCGGGGCAGGUGAACAUCACCGUCAGCUGUGUGUACGGGACGGACGUGGUGCUCUUGCACAGCUACCUUCUGAACAUCUCACGGGCACAGCUGGCACCGCUGGGAGGUGGGCGCAGACUCACGGAUGCCGGCGGAGAGGACCUGUAUGGCGGCGACUCCGGGGCGCAGGAGACACUAGAAAACGAGCAGAGCAUUGCCAUUGCCAACCUGUGGUACUCCGAGCCCCAUCAGUACCUGGUGCUGGAGCUGGAGCGGCCGCUUACAGCAGGAAACCUCUACGUGCUGGAGCUGCAUUACGAUGGCUUCCUGAGCGACAACUACUCAGGACUGUUCAUAGUGAAUUACGAGGACUUUAACACAGGCAAGGUCCUGGUUGGAUCAGAGCUGGAGCCAGCAUCUGCAAGAACAGUCUACCCAUGUUUCGAUGAACCUGCACUUAAAGCAACUUUUAAUAUCAGAAUUGUCCACAACUCAAGUUAUGUGGCUCUUUCCAAUAUGCCAGCAAUAGCUGUGUCCGAAAGGGAAGACAUAAAUGGAACUAAAUGGACUGUUACCACAUUUAAUACCACUCUGAAAAUGUCGACCUAUAUCACUGCCUUUGUAGUAUGUGACUUUGAUUACGUCAGAACGACUUGGAGGGGCACUGAGAUACGAGUUUGGGCGCGGAAGGAAGUUGUACAGAAAGGAUAUGCAAACUUUGCUCUGGGUAUUGCAGGGCCAAUUCUUUCAUUUAUGGAGGAUUUAUUAAAUGUUACAUAUCCUUUACAAAAGACAGAUUUGGUAGCAAUGCCUGAGUUUGAUGUCGCUGCAAUGGAAAACUGGGGAUUAAUUACUUUUCAGGAACUCUCGUUGACUUAUAACCCCAACCAGAAGUUCAGCAACUCUAAAGCUUUGACUUGCCUGAUUGUUGCACAUGAGAUAGGACACCAGUGGUUUGGAAACCUUGUUACUAUGAAGUGGUGGAAUGAUAUAUGGCUGAAUGAGGGAUUUGCCUCAUACAUGGAAUACAUUGGCGCUAGCUUCAUUGACCCCAACCUGAAGCUGAAUGAGCUCUUUAUGCUGCACAACUUGAUAAAUAUUUUUGAAAAAGAUGCUUUGACAUCUGCGAGGACUGUAUCAGUUAAAGAAGAAGACAUUAAUAAAGUGGAUCAUAUAAAGUUAUUAUUUGAUGACUUCACAUACAACAAGGCGGCUGCUUUAGUCCGAAUGGUUUCUACUUUCCUGACAGACAACCUCUUCAUCAAAGGGAUCAGCUCAUACUUGAAGAGAUUUUCAUUUUCAAAUGCUGACCAGGAGGAUCUGUGGAAUCAUUUACAAAUGUUUAUAGAUGACCAGGAUGAAGUUAAAUUGCCAACAUCAUUGAAAAGGAUCAUGGACUCAUGGACGUGGCAAAAAGGCAUACCGCUGCUAACCCUAAACACAUCUACUGGAAGACUCAGCCAAGAGCAGUUCAAGGCAGCUGAUUUUGAAAACAUCACAAGUGACAAUCACACGUGGUUUAUUCCUGUUUCUUGGAUGAAAAAUGGUGUUGAACAGCCCACAAUAUGGCUAGACACUAGGACAAAAAUUAUCCCAGAAAUGAAGACUACAUCUGAUGAUGAAUGGGUUAUUUUAAAUAUUAAUGUCACUGGAUACUACAGAAUAAAUUAUGAUAGCAAAAAUUGGAAUAACCUUGCAAAGAAACUGGAAGAAGAGACUGAGGUGCUGCCAGUCGUUAACAGAGUGCAGCUCAUCGAAGAUGCUUUUAUUUUGGCCAAUUCUGGUUAUACAGAAUAUGAAACUGCUCUAAAUCUAACAAGAUACCUCGAAAAAGAAAUGGAGAUCAUUGUCUGGUACAGCGUACUGAAACACUUGUAUUACUAUAAAAAGUCAAUGGUUACUUAUCAUUCUUUUCCACUAAUGAAGAAAUAUUUUUUGAAAAAAAUCAACCCAUUAUUCCAAUACUAUGCAAGUAUCCUUCGCAGAAAUUUUGAUGAAACAUCUGAUGACUAUUUUGUUCAUACAGGUAUCAAUGAUAUUUUUAAGACGGCUUGCUCCCUUGGACUGCAAGAUUGUCUUGAUCUGGCAAGAGAGCUCUAUGCAAACUGGAUGAACAAUUCUACCAGUAAUGAAAUACCACAAUCCAUUAAAGGCCCCAUCUAUUGCUAUGGCAUUGCAGAAGGUGGUGAAAAGGAAUGGGACUUUGCUUGGAAUCUGUAUAGAAAAUCAGAUAUUGAAGAUCACUGGGAGCAGGGAUUCCUAAAACAUGGCUUGGGUUGUACCAAGGAGCCGUGGCUGCUGUAUCGUUACUUGGAGAAUACCAUGGAUAUUGAUUCUGGCUCUAUAUUGAGUGUCUUAUUGGGAAUGUUUAAAAACAAUAUAGGAAGACACAUAGGUUGGGAGUUCCUGAAAGAAAACUGGCAACGACUAAAUGACAUACACAUGAAUGAAUCCAGUCAGUUCUAUGAUUCACUGCUACAAGACUUGGGAUGGAAAGUCACCUCGGACCUGCAGUUCCAAGAGAUGCAGCUGUUCAUCACGACAACUAUGAAUGAAAGUGAUAGGGACAGUGUACUGCAAAAUCUGGAAAUCAGGAGGAAAGACCGGCUAGAGUGGAUAAAUAUUGUGAAUACCAAAAUUAUUGACUGGUUACAGAAGAACACACUGGACUCUAAUUUUUGAAGUCUCCAAUUUAAAAUGUCUGGGAUUUUAUAGCCUCUUUCUAAUCCUGUAUAUAAAGGUUCCAACUAUUUUUCACCUAGACAGAAUUCAUAUGAUAUAUAUUUUUUUACAACUUGUGAAAAUGUGAUAAAAUUUGUGCUGCUUUACAA